AUGCGUUCUCGCCACACAUGGAAUACCAAGCGGGUGUCGUUCAUGCUCGGCGCUGUACUCGUGCUCUAUGUCUUUGUGUUCUCGGGAAGCUAUCGCAAGUAUCAAAUAGACGCUGUUAUCGGCAAUACGAAACCGGAAAGGGUUUGGGAAUAUGUUGCGGACUUUAACAAAAUGCGCCUACUAAAUCCCACAAUCCUGAAUUUCAAGAUUCUAGCUGAUCACGGACAUGCUCACGAUUGGCGCUAUACGGUGGAGUAUACGGAACGAUUAUCCCAUUGGCCGCACUGGCUGAACACGGCAACAGCCAAGUACGUGGUGACCAAGACGAUGCCAGGUGUAACGCCCCAAGAAUGGGCAAUUGAAUCGAAUCAUUAAACUUGCUUCUUCAACGGUUUCUAUUGCUUGCAUUCGCAUAGCGACUUCCGUUUUAGUGCUCGCGGUGAUGAUACCUACGCCAAUGAGAAGAUCGAGUAUCAAUGUCCACCGCUUCUGGGCAGCGCCUGUCGACGGGAGCUCGAGUUCCAGCGACGUGCCGUCAUGUACAAUUUGACGCACAUUCUGAAGCGUACAUAAUAAAAAUAUUAUAGUCCAUAUUCCAUCGGUCUAGACUAGUUUCUUUUUAAUCUGCAUGUAUUUCCGCAAUUAAAUGUUUAACAAUUUCA